UUUAUCAAAGUGAGGUUAUAAAAUUUACACUAUUAUUGUGGCAAGUGGCAAGUAGCACUCUAGCACUUGAGAAUUUAAUUUCAGCUUAAAGUUUAUGUAUCACAAACUAAAAUUUUACGAAUGCUCUUCCCUAUCCGUCAUUAUAGCACAUUGUAUUGCACUACUGAGUGAAAAUAUUUAUCCAUAAUGUCUUUUGAUCAGGAUGAAGAGGACCAAUAUGGACCAACUUAUAAUGUUGGAUCUUUCUCCAAAGAUUUUGGUUAUUUUGACAAUGAUGAAGUUGGUACCGCUAGACCUGAGCAAAAGCCAAGAAUUCUACUCAUGGGACUGAGAAGGAGUGGCAAAUCAUCUAUCCUCAAAGUUGUUUUUCAGAAAAUGUCCCCCAAUGAAACGCUUUUCUUGGAAAGCACGAAUAAGAUUGUCAAAGAAGAUAUCUCGAAUUCCUCUUUUGUUCAGUUUCAAAUCUGGGAUUUUCCGGGGCAAAUUAAUUUUUUUGACCCGAGCCUAGAUUUAGAUAACAUGUUUGGUGGAUGUGGAGUCUUAGUAUUCGUUAUCGAUGCCCAGGAUGAUCUGACUGAAGCAUUAAACAAGCUACAUAUAACAGUCACAAAAGCUCACAAAAUAAACCCGAACAUCAAGUGUGAAGUUUUCAUUCAUAAAGUGGAUGGCUUGACUGAGGACAACAAAAUGGAUGUUCAGAGGGACAUCAAUCAACGUUCAAACGAUGACCUACAAGAUGCUGGAAUAGACUCAAUCCAUUUAAGCUUCUACUUAACUUCAAUUUAUGACCAUAGCAUAUUUGAAGCCUUCAGUAAAGUUGUGCAGAAAUUAAUACCUCAGUUACCAGCCUUAGAGAACCUUUUGAAUAUUUUAAUUUCUAACUCAGCUAUAGAGAAGGCGUUUUUAUUUGAUGUAGUCUCAAAGAUAUAUAUUGCGACCGACUCCUCGCCGGUUGAUAUGCAAAGUUACCAACUUUGUUGUGAUAUGAUAGAUGUGGUAAUUGAUGUCUCAGGAAUUUAUGGAGUUCAAGAUGACUGUGAUUCAACUGCCUUUGACAGUCAAAGUUUCAGCUUAAUUAAGUUGAACAAUAGCACUGUUUUGUACUUAAGAGAAGUGAGCACAUGCUUAGCUUUAGUUUGCAUCCUACGAGAAGACAACUUUGAAAAGCAAGGUGUGAUCGACUAUAACUUUUUAUGUUUCCGCAAAGCAAUACAACAAGUCUUUGAACUUAGGAAUAAGUCCCUUGCAUCAGGUAGCCCCACAGAUGAUGCUCCACCUGUCACUAAUUCUGAUUCUCAACUCAAUUGAGUUGUCUGUAGCGGAAUUGAGUUUUCAAAUCUGGCCCCAAAGAUUUUACUUGUGUGCUAUUUACAGCUCAGUUUUGCUUGUUAGGAAUGUGCCAAAGACUUAUACCAUAGUGGAAGGCGAGACUUAAAAAUUUGCUUUAUUUCAUGAGCUUUUCAUGCACUGUUCAGUGAGGCAGCUCGGAAUUUUCACUCGAAGCAAUUUUGGAUGCAAGUUUUUUGUUUUAUCAGUUGUAAAAUUUUGGAAACUUUUGAAUGUCAUCUUUCAUCUCUGGUUAGGAUUGUAAAAAGGAAAGGAGAGAAUGAAAAUCAAGCUGGGCCUUAGAAAUUAUUUUUUAUAAAUUCUGGUUGAAUAUACGUAGCAGCACUUUGUAUGUAUUUUUGUCAGAUAAAGAGUGGCCAUAGCACAAAUGGAGAGGUGGAGUAGUUGAUGUCGUUCAAAAAUUCUGUUGCCUCAACAAAUGUGUCCAUCAAGUUCCAUGUGAAAAAUAUUUUCUGCACGUCCUAUAGUGAAUAAUGAUUGUGCCCGGUGUUUUUGCCAUAUUGUAAAUAUGUAGUUAUGAAUGUGUACAAAGAGUGAACUUUCCAUUGUUACAACUUACAAGAGGGUUUAUAUUUUUCUGUAAAUAAAUAAUAAAUCUAAUUUUUAUUAUUUUCGCAUCCUUAA